AUGGCGUCUGCUGGUACUAACAUGAGGAGGAAUUGCUUUUGGAUUAAAGUAUUAUUUGGGGAAAAAAAAGAUAAAGAUUCAAUUGAUCAGUAUAUUUUUAAAAUGCUCGAAGCACAAAAGAAAAAGAAAGAGAAUGCCAAUAAAAACGAGAAAUCUUCUGGAAAGGAAAAAGAGGACUCUUCCAAGAAGAUACUACAUAACAAGCAAAAACAAAAAAAUAUUCAUGGGAACAAGGGGAGCAAUUCACAACUUCCCAUGAAAGAGGGGAAGGAUGCAGACGACCAUGAACAACAAAUUAUUCAGGAUGAGUUUGAGAAUCUUGGUGAAGAUAUUCCAUUGAAUAAUUCUAAUGCAACGUUAAUAGACAACAAGAUUGACAAUACGUGUUUGUAUCCCCUCCUUCAUGCUUGUGAGGUGUUAGAAAGUGAGAAAUUCAAAAAAUGCAGUGAAAGCAACAUAAGACAGGAUCAAAAGGAUUCUUUUGAGGAGGAACUUCCUGACCAACAACAACAAGAUGAUAUUGAUGGUGAGUUGGAGCUCAACAAUACUACAUGUGAAGAUGGUCUCCCAGAUAACAAUAUUGUUAAUUAUGGCUCGAAACUUUUGACAAGAGAUGAAAAGGAUGGAAACUAUCGUAUCACACAAGGAAUACCGAGAAGUAUAAAAUUUCGUUCCAUUGAUAACCUCUAUAAGUGUACUCCCAGGCUCUCACCAAUUGAAGAUGAAUAUAAUUGGAAUCGUUCAACUGAAGAAGACCAAAAUGUAAAUCAUUUGGCAAACAACAAUGGAGAAAAGGAUGCGACUUCUUUCCCCUAG